AUGGCUUACCUGAAGAGUGCGGCACUACGAAGGUUCCCCCCUGGUCCGGUCCAAGAUCAAGAAGCUCCUCCGCCAUAUCAUCCGGAGCCUGAGGCCUCCAACUGUACAAACACCACCCGCAACACCGAAUGCGAGGUUCGCUUGCGGAGCGGAGACGUGGGCCUAGCCGACAUCAUCGCCGAAAAGUCAGGGGGGCCUGCAACAGCCAUCGCUAAGGUCAUCUACACGGCUGCCUAUGCCGUAUCGAGUGAUCUUGUGGCCGAGACCGUCACCAAUAUAUCCGAAUGCAUCCAAGCCACCCUCGAGGCUAUCGAUGACCUGUCACAAGAAGACAGAGACACAGUCGCCCCCGCUAUGGUGAUAUCAAUCACCAAUGCCGUUAAAAUGGUGGCUGCGUUGGGCCAAGACACAUCAUCGGUGGAAUGA